CUGACCUACCAUAUUCACCGAAAACAAAUGAAAUUCUGAACACGACACGCGUAGGACACGCAUGGGCGACAUAAGGAAAGGGAUUGCUCUGAACAACUCCGAACGGAAAACAACCCAAACUGUCAUUGAAGCCGUGCUACGAUCCGCCGCCUCCGCCGGCGCAUGUUAGCGAAACCCAGUUACAGCCGCUCUCCUCCGCCUCCACGGCGACGCGUUUGCGAAUUCGAGUUAGUCAUCACGGCGGACCAUGUUCUUCAAAUCGAAGAAGAGCACAGACGUGAUGGAGCCGAACCACUCGAACUCUCGAAUCUCAACCACCGCAUCUAGACCAUCACUGACCUCACGACGGAGCGCCGACGACUAUCGAUCUCAGAAAUCACCCUCUGAGGCUUCAACGAGCCUCAACUACACCACUGGUUCGAGCUAUUACAAGGAGUCAUGGCGGUCGUCGAUUUCGAGCCCAACAUCGCUAUCGACUCUGCGAGACUCCUUAGCAGAACACGCUCACAUUUACGAGUUCUCGGAGAUUUGCUCUGCCACCGGCAACUUCUUGGCCAAGCGGUUCGCUUCCUCUUCCUCCUCCGCCGCGUGGCGGUGCGCGAUUCGCGGCAGGGAAGUGAUUGUAUACCAGAGGAAGCUCCGCCGGCCCAUGGCGCCGGAGGAGCUCCGUGAACGGCUGUCUCUGAUCUGCAAGAGCCACCAUAGCAGCUUGAUCAAGCUCCACGGCGCUUCCAUCUCCGGAAACUACAUUUACCUCGUGUAUGACUACGUUCAUGGAGCUAACCUCUCCGAUUGUCUGCGAAACCCUAAAAACCCUAAUUUCACCGUCCUCUCCAAUUGGAUGUCUCGAAUGCAGAUUGCGAGCGAUCUAUCUCACGGCCUCGAUUAUAUUCACCACUGCACAGGAUUGAAUCGAUUUGUACACAAUCACAUCAAGAGUUCGAGCAUUAUAGUCACAGACGAGUCAUUGAAUGCCAAAAUCUGUCAUUUUGGUACCUCUGAGCUCUGCGGCGAAAUUGAUCAAGAAGCAAACAUAGCAGAGAAGUCGAAUUCUGCAUCCAAACUAAAGAGAACAAACAGUAAGUCAAUGAAAUUAGAGGGAACGAGAGGUUACAUGUCGCCGGAAUUUCAGUUCACCGGAAGUGCCACACAGAAAUCGGAUGUGUACGCUUUUGGGGUUGUGAUUUUGGAGCUGUUGUCAGGGGAUGAGCCUUUGAAGUAUGAAUUUGACGAUAAUGGUGGUUAUAAGAGGUUGUCGGUGAUAGAGACGGCGAGAGAGGCGGUCGAUGGUGGUGGUGGAGGGAAGUUGAGGUGGUGGGUGGACAAGAGGUUGAAGGACUCGUAUCCGGUGGAGGUGGCGGAGAAGUUGGCACGUGUGGGGUUGGAAUGUGUAGAGGAUGAUCCGGUUAAGAGGCCCGAUAUGGGUUGGAUUGCGGGUCGGAUUUCGAAGCUCUAUUUGGAAUCGAAGGCAUGGGCCGAGUCGAUGGGCGUACUCACGGACUUCUCAGUCUCUUUGGCCCCUCGCUAACUCGGAACUGAGAUUUUGUUUUGUGUAAUUAGUCUGACAAAUUUAUUUUUUUUAGUGGCAUACUGAUUAUAUUGUGAUUAAAUUAUACGGAAAUUCUUUUUUUCAUUGGCAAUGAGAGAAAGUUAAUGCCUAAUUUUUUUGUUAAA